AUGGCUACCCUGAUACCACCACCUUCGAAAAAGCAGAAGAAGCAGGCUCAACAGCCGCGCGAAGUCGAGUUACUACCAGCUGAUCUUCCACAUGUUUUGAUCAAAUUCCAAGCAUUCGACACAGGUGAAAAUGUCGGGGGUUCGCUACGUGUUCCUGGCGGCACGACGGAGCAGCAGCUCGAGCAGCUGCUGAAUCAGCUACAGGGUGAGUCGGAUGAGCCGGUUCCUUACAGUUUCAGCUGCAUGAUUGGCGGGGAGGAGGGCCAAUCAGAGCAGAUGAUUGACAUCAAAGACAACAUAUACAGCUCCAUCUUGAAGCCAGGGCACAAGACGACGGAAGACUUCAUGACCCUUGUCUUCACACCACGGGCAAUUUUCAAAGUACGCCCGGUUACAAGAAGCUCAUCAGCUAUCGCCGGACAUGGAUCUACCAUUCUCUGCUCUGCAUUUGCUCCCAACACGAGCGGUCGCAUGGUUACAGGAGCUGGAGAUAACACCGCUAGAAUCUGGGAUUGUAACACUAGCACGCCCAUGUACACAUUGAAAGGUCACUAUAAUUGGGUUUUGUGUGUGGCAUGGUCUCCCGACGGCGAACUUAUCGGUACAGGAUCCAUGGAUAAUACAAUUAGAUUAUGGGAGGCGCAAAAGGGGGAAGCUUGCGGUGACGCUCUGAGGGGGCAUUCCAAAUGGAUCACGUCGCUGGCUUGGGAACCUAUACAUUUAGUUAAACCAGGCGAAAGACCUAGACUGGCUUCUGCAUCCAAAGACGGCACCAUCAAGAUAUGGGAUACGACGAGAAGGGUUUGCCUAAUGACCCUCAGCGGCCAUACCAACUCGGUAUCGUGUGUCAAAUGGGGAGGGCGCAAUGUGCUUUAUAGCGGUUCUCACGACAAGACCAUCAGGGCUUGGGAUAUGAAUGCUUCCGGGAAGUGCAUCAACAUUUUAAAGUCCCAUGCGCAUUGGAUCAACCACUUAUCGCUAUCUACAGAUUACGCGCUCCGUGUUGGUGCUUUUGAUCAUACAGGGCAACAACCAACUUCACCCGAGGACGCUCAACAAAAGGCUCUCAAACACUACGAAAAAAUCGCCAAGAAGAACGGAAAACUUGAGGAAAUCAUGGUUACCGCCAGUGACGAUUUUACGAUGUACCUAUGGGAUCCUCUGAAAUCGACAAAACCUAUUACGAGAAUGACCGGCCACCAGAAAUUGGUCAAUCACGUAGCGUUCUCACCCGAUGGGAGAUACAUUGUAUCGGCCUCGUUCGACAACUCCAUCAAGUUAUGGGACGGAAGAAAUGGUAAUUUUGUUACAACUUUUCGUGGUCAUGUUGCAAGCGUUUACCAGGUUGCUUGGUCUUCUGAUUGUAGGCUGCUAGUCUCUUGCUCCAAAGACACCACAUUGAAGGUGUGGGAUAUCAGAACCAAGAAAUUGUCAGUCGAUCUUCCAGGCCACAAUGACGAAGUUUAUACAGUGGAUUGGAGUGUUGAUGGUAAGCGCGUGUGUAGCGCGGGUAAGGACAAAAUGGUUAGGUUAUGGACUCAUUAA